AUGACUGGCAGGCAAUUUCAAUGUGGUGAUACAACUUGUGUACCGUUCGCCACUAUGCAUGAAACAGAUAUAUACAAUUGUCAAAUAGCUUGCUUAACUCAAAUUCAUUGUCAGGCGGCCAGUUUUCAACAAUCAACUUUAACUUGUGAACUAUUUGCUUCUUUAGCGAACUAUAACAGUUAUUUAUCGGCUCAUGCAGACAUUGUUACUAUGAUCGUCGAUUCGGGAACAAGAAUACCAUCUGAACCAACCACUACAUCAACUACAACUACCACUACUACAACUACUAAAACAACAAGAAGUACCACUACGAAAACUACCACAAGCACAACAACUACUAGUACUACUACUACGACUACGACUACAAGAACAACAACAAGUACUACCACUACAACUACGACUACUAAAACAACAACAAGUACUACCACAACUACAAAAACAACAACUAGUACUACCACUACUACUACCACAAGCACAACAACAACUAGUAGUACCACUACUACUACAACUACUAAAACAACAACAAGUACUACAACGACUACUACUACAAGCACAACAGCAACUAGUACUACUACUACCACCACUACAACAACAAAACCGAUCGCAUCAUCGCAUUCGACAUCAACAACGUCACCACCACCAACAACAACAUCGACAACUGCAUCAACAACGUCACCAACAACAACAUCAACAACUACAUCAACAACAACAUCGACAACUACAUCAACAACAACAUCAACAACUACAUCAACAACAACAUCGACAACUACAUCAACAACAACAUCGACAACUACAUCAACAACAACAUCGACAACUACAUCAACAACAACAUCGACAACGGCAUCAACAACCACUACUCCAUGUACCAAUAGAUUUCCGACACAAGUGACAUAUUCAACUGGUCCUAGCUCUGGACCGUAUCCUGUUACAGUAGGUGAUGUCAAUGGAGACGGCAAGGCCGACAUUAUUGUCACAAAUUACAAAACAGGCACAGUCGGCGUGUUUCUCAACGCAGGUAAUGGCACGUUUGUUGCACAAGUGAUCUAUCCGAUUGGUACUACCGAUGACCCGUGGUCAAUGGCACUCGCCGAUAUCAAUGGGGACAGUAAACUCGACAUUAUCGUUGGAAACACCGCUUCGAACAAUAUCGGUGUUCUCCUUAACACAGGUAAUGGUACGUUUGCUGCUAAAGUCACCUAUUCAAUCGGCACAGGUUUUCAUCCGUAUUCAGUGGCCGUCGUUGACGUCAAUAGCGACAAUAAACCCGAUAUUAUUGCUGCAAACUACGAUGCAAACAAUACCAUUGUUCUUCUUAAUACAGGUAAUGGCACGUUUGGUGCAAAAGUAACAUAUUCAGUUGGUGGCCAUCCAUAUUCAGUAGCCGUCGUUGAUGUCAAUGCAGAUGGCAAACCCGAUAUUAUUGUCGCAAACUCCGCUUCAAACAACGUCGGUGUCCUCUUCAACAAAGGCAAUGGUACGUUUGGUGCACAAGUAACCUAUUCAACCGGCAUUGGUUCUGGACCGAACGCUGUGGCCGUCGUUGAUGUCAAUGGAGACAGCAAACCCGAUAUUAUUGUCGCAAACUACAUAACAUUCAAUGUCGGUGUUCUCUUAAACACAGGCAAUGGUACGUUCGUUGCUCAACUCACCUAUUCAACUGGCGCUGGCUCUAAACCGUAUUAUGUAGCCACAGGUGAUAUUAAUGGUGACAGCUAUGUGGACAUUGUUGUUGCAAACUACGCGGCAGAUAACGUCGGUGUUUUCCUCAACAUGGGUAAUGGUACGUUUGCUGCCCAAGUGUCUUAUUCAACUGGCGCUAGUUCGGAACCCUACUCUGUGAGUGUAGAUGACGUCAAUGCGGAUGGCAAACUCGACAUCAUUGUCGGAAACUAUUAUGCAGACAAUAUCGGUGUUUUCUUAUCGAAUUGUGGCUGA